GGGAACACAGGUUAAGUUGAGCAUGGAAAGUCCUAGCUUAUUCAUUUUUAAAAAACUAUUCGAGCCUCUCCUGUUUAACUGCUGGGGUGGGUGUGGGUGUCAGAUGGCAGGGCCUGGCCAGGCCCCUCCUGCAGCGAGAAGGCAGUCGCCCACUGUCCUCUACCCCAGCCAUACCAUUCCUUAUGUGUAUAGCCACCUCAUCUCGCUGCUCCUUCGAGUAAGCGUGGACAGAUGAUGAGCAGAGGUCUGCACCAAUGUCUGCACUGCCUAAGGCCACACAUCUAAGAGUGGAGGGUAGCCAGGACUAACCUCGCGGGGCUUGGGCUUUCCUCAGCAGAGCACGCUUCUUUGCAACACUUCAUCCAAGCCCAACUGGGUGGUUAGAUCAGUGAGUUCCCAACUCUGGCUCAACAUCCAUGUCAUCUGGCAGGGGUGUUUUGUCAGUUGGCUUGAAUAGAGAUCCUUGCUUCCUGAUUCCUUAGGUCUGGGUCGGACCUCGGAGUCUGCAGUUUUUGAAACCUUCCCAAGGUUUCUAAGAGCAAGAUUCAGGGACCAGGGUUGGAAUAGAAGUGUUCUGGCAGGUUUGAGAAGGGCUCUGUCUCUGCCUGCACCCACUCUGUUCUCUCUGGACUCUUCAGGCCUGGGGGAACCAUGGUGACCUACGGGGGAAUGGCCAAGCAGCCCGUCAUAGCCUCUGUGAGCCAGCUCAUUUUUAAGGAUCUCAAACUUCGAGGCUUUUGGUUGUCCCAGUGGAAGAAGGACCACAGUCCAGCCCAGUUCAAGGAGCUGAUCGUCACGUUGUGUGGUCUCAUCAGCCGGGGCCAGCUCACAGCCCCCGCCUGCUCCGAGGUCCCACUGCAGGACUACCAGCGUGCCUUGGAAGCCUCAGUGCAGCCCUUCGUGUCUUCAAAGCAGAUUCUCACCAUGUGCUAAUCGCGGAGGAGCUGGAGCGAGGUGGGAGGGGAGAUGGAUCGGCAGGACUGGUUUCUGGCGCCUCUGUCAGGGCCCUCUCAGCCUUCCCCAGGCUGCCCUCUCCUCACUGUCACUUCCGACUGGGAGGGUCGUGAAGCCAGCUAAGGCUUUCCCCAGGGCCAGCCCCAGGGUAUCUAAUAAAGUGAACUUCCUAAAAACACAUA